AACAAAGUAUAUCCGUGUAGGUUGUCGUUAACUUAAACUAGCUUGGUAAGCUAACUAGGGGAUUUGUGAAAGAUUCCAAGUGAAAGCAGGUUAAACCAAUCCGAUUCUGUUUUGGUGGCUUCUUUGGAGAGCGCAGCCAAUGGUAUUGAGAGGGCGGGGCUACCGGUCACACAAACUUGCUCAGUGAAACUUCGUCGUUGACAUUUAUUACAGUACAAUGAAUUUGCUUAAGCAACAUAUUAGCUGCUGUUUAGCAGUUUGAGCUCAAAGAAUGACGGAGAGAAGCAGCAGUCCAAAGUUUUUCUGCCUCGUUCACUGAUGGGUCAGGUACUUUGGAGACUCCCACCCAGGCAACAGCAACAGCUUCAGGAAGAGCUUGCCGACCACCUGACGAAGAAAGGAGGACGAAAUGGAAAAAGAGAUGAAGGUAAAGAGCCACACAGUUUUAUAGACUUGGAGAUGCUCCCACCUGAACUGGGUAUUACCAUCUUGUCGUACUUGAAUGCUACGGAUCUAUGCCUGGCCAGCUGUGUGUGGCAGGACCUGGGAAAUGACGAAUAUCUGUGGCAGGGGCUGUGCAAGUCCACAUGGGGUCACUGCUCCAUCUACAACAAAAGACUACCUGCUGACUUCUCUUAUAGAAGGUUGUAUCUACAGCUAGAUGAAGGCAGCUUAACAUUCAACGCUAAUCCACAAGAGGGUAUAGGUUAUUUCAUGUCUAAAGGCAUACUAGUGGAUCACCCCACAGAACUGGCUAAGUUCAUCUUUUACACCAGACGUCUCCACUGGAAGAUGCUGAGGAUUUACCUGGAUGAAAGGCGAGAUGUUCUGGACGAAUUGGUGACCCUACAUAACUUCACCAACCAGUUUCUUCCCAAUGCUCUGCGGGACUUUUUCAGACAUAUCCAUGCCCCAGAGGAAAGAGGAGAGUAUCUGGAAACCCUCAUCACCAAGUUCAGCCACAGGUUUUGUACCUGUAACCCUGGUCUUGUUCAUGACCUUGGACUUAGUUCUGAUGCUGUGUACGUGCUGUGCUACAGUCUAAUCCUGCUGUCCAUUGACCUAACCAGCCCACACGUAAAAAACAAAAUGUCAAAGAGGGAGUUUAUCAGGAACACUCGCCGAGCAGCACACAACAUCUCAGAUGACUUUGUUGGCCAUCUCUAUGAUAAUAUAUACCUGAUUGGUCAUGUGGCUGCAUAGCUCUGCUUAAUGUACUGGUGACUGGGCUUCAGUGCAUCUCUGGAGUAAACCAGUUUAUAGUGAAUGAAACUUGUAAGAACUGUUGUAGCAGAACCUGCCACUUCACUGUAACCCUGAUGGUCCUACCAAAUAUUAGCAGUGGUAUUAGCUUUAUAAUUAAAGGUGGACAUGAAGGAUCUAGAUUGAAAGCAUGGACAUCAAAGAUGAGCAUUUUAAAGAACACAAGCUGUGAUUCUGCACUGAAGCACAAGAGUUGUUGAAGUAUGAAGAUGAAGAGGUGCACGGCCUUUGGUCUGUUACAGAUCCCUGGACAGUUAAACUGGUGGCUUUCUGAGCAUGUCUGAUUCUAGCUAGGCCUAUCCCUACUCAUGGUAAAGAUUGUUCCCUGCUGCUGUUUAGACGAUGACAUUGUGACAGCAGAGAAAAUCUAUUUAAAACACUGUGAAGUUGUGAAAAGGUUUGAUUGACUCAGAUUAAUAUUUUGCUUUUAGACAGAAAACAAGUUCUACCUGUUGGACACAAUGAAACACGUAUGGAUUUGUCACAAGGGAACCUGGACAUGUGCUCUCUUAACUCUGUCAAUAACAUCAAGGAAGUCAGACCCCUACAUUUUAAUUCAGCAUGAGGAUUAUUCAUACAACACUGUAAAUAGGUAGUUGAUACCACAGAAGAAGUCUGAACACUUGGCUACUGGUUCUGGUUUUACUGGUGAUCAUUUCUCCUCUCAUCCCUGUUUGGACUCCUCUGCAUCCUGCAUUGGAAUCAAAUGAAGAUUCAUUGCAAUCUGAGUUUCCUUUUCCUUUAUUUAUUAUUACUGUUUUUACAAAUUUGCUUAUAAAUGCUAAUAUACUGAAAUAGACUGUUCUGAGUUGUAUUUUGUUAUGGGGAAAUAAAGGGAACCGAAUGAA